AUGGUUACCCUAAGCUUUGCGAUCCAUUCUUUAGAUUACCCUCUUAUUGUUUCUUUGAUUACUGCCAUUGGCAUUGUCUUUCUCUUGUUAUCCUGCCUGAUUGGAGUCUGCAUCAUUGCAACAUCGUUCAUCAUCCUCAUCAUCUACAUUAUUUGUGAAUGCCUUAGCUGGCCUAUAUUCGGGAAGUUCAUUUCCGAUCUGCUGAGAAGAGCAAUUCAUCGAGUUCGGGUAGUGACUUACCAAGCAAUAAUCCCAAACUAUUUGCAACAAUCGGGGAUGACAGAAGGGUUUCCGCAGAGUACAGACGACAGAGUCAUGUUAAGGCAGCAGACCUUUGAGAAACUGUUACGGCCAAUGAUUUAUGGGGUUGGUUCACAUCCGUUGAAAUCCAGAGACUGCGCCAUAUGCUUGGAUGAUUAUGUGGUUGGUGAAGUGUGUAGAGUUUUUCCAGCGUGCAAACACACGUUUCAUUUGAGUUGCAUUGAUCACUGGCUCGAAAAUCAUCGAACGUGCCCGGUUUGCAGACAAUGUAUUUAAGAUGCAUGCUCUUUGCAUGUAAUGAUCAGCUUUAAAAGCCAUAGAUCAGUUUAAAAUCAAGGUUGGAUCUAAUCACAUCCAUGCGAUAAUUUUAUUUGACAGCUAA